AUGGCUUCGGUGCGUCUAUCGUCGCAGUUUGUAGUGUAUCUGGUGGUGGUGAUUGGAUGGCAACAGGCGAUCGAUCGUUGCACCGGAAACGUGAUUCUCCAGGACGAGACGGAGCAAGUGAUCGACCUGUCCCACCUCGGUUCGGCGUUGUACGGUAGGCCUGACGAGGCCACCGGUAACCGGGUGGCUAAGUUCAACUCGUCUACCCACAGUGGUAACGUGGAAGAACUGGGCAGCUACCUGCAGGGUGACAUUCUGGUGGAUCGUCCCAAAGGACGUAACGGGCUGGCGAACACAGCCACCCGCUGGCCCAACGCAGUGGUACCGGUCGUGAUCACCGGAAGCUUCGAUGCUGCGGGGAUUAAAUUGAUCAAUGACGCGAUAAACCAGUUCCACGCCAAAACGUGCAUUCGUUUCAAGGCUCGGACCACCGAGAAGGACUACGUAUCGAUCGAAAGUGCCACCACCGGUUGUUGGUCCAGCGUGGGACGGAUCGGUGGCAAACAGACGGUUAACCUGCAGGUGCCCGGGUGCACAUCGGUGGUUGGAACCGCAAUGCAUGAGCUGAUGCACGCUGUCGGGUUUCUGCACGAACAGAGCCGCGAGGAUCGAGACACCUACGUAGCAAUACAGCUCGAUAAUGUCCAAUCCGGUAUGGCUGGCAAUUUCGAUAAGGCACAAGCCGGCUCAACUAACAACUUUGGGGUUCAAUACGACUAUGGCAGCGUCAUGCACUAUUCUGCUACCGCAUUCUCCAAGAAUGGCAAGCCAACGAUCGUGGCUAAGCAAACAUUCACCGGCACCAUGGGCCAACGGGAUGGUUUCAGUGCUAAGGAUCUCACCAAACUGAAACUCAUGUACAAUUGCAAGUAG